UCUCCAUUUCUGGAUCCCACCUUUCUCUCUCUCUCUCUCUCUCUCUCUCUCUCUCCAACGCUCCAUGGCCAACAACACUGAAGAACAACAACAGCACAACCCAACGAGAACAUCGAUCAUGGAGUGGAAACACAUGCACCCACUUCACCAAAUCGCGGAAACACCGACCCACAAGCUCCUCCUUAAGCAAUGGCUGAAAGAAGAGGAACUCAUCAAUAGCCGCAUAGCCCUGAAGGAGACCCAAAUAGACUCAACGCGCAAAGAGAUCACCAUGCUCUACAUCUUCUUCUUCCUCUUCCACUCCACCACCCUCAUGCUCCUCUUCAACUCUUCGUCAUCAUCACCAUCUUCCUGUCACAGAUCAUGGGUCCCUUCGCUGUGCUCUCUGCUGUUCUCGCUGGGCAUGAUAUGGGCCCUGCGUUACAAGAGCGACGUGGAGGUUCACAUGGAGAAGAUGCUGCUGAGGGAGAAGGAGGAUAAAGGGUUGCUGGGGAAGUGCGUGGAGGAGCUCAAGAAGAAAGGGUUGGAGUUUGAUUUGUUGAAGGAGGUUGAUGCUUUGAGGAGAGCCAAGAGUUUGAGGGUUGAGGCCAAAGAGGUUAGGAAAUGGUCUUCAAGGGACUUUGUUUCCUUGUUCUUCUUCUCUUUGGCUUGCUUCUCUCUUGCUCUCACCAGGGUCAUCUUGUGCAGUUAGCAAAAUCUAUUAUUAACUUGUUAUUUCUUUGCUUUUCUUGGCUUCUGAUUUUUGGUAUGUGUUGGUUGUUAUUACUAUUGUUGCAAGGGGGCCUGGUGCAGAAUGUACUGUUCUGCUUUUGUUUGUGUAAUUUGACAAUACCAAUAUGAACUUAUGGAAUAAAGUUAUAAUUCCGUUUCUAUUUUGA